AUGAGUUGUACUAAACCAACAACUGCUCAUCAACUAUCUGUAACAACGGAUAAUCGGUCUACCAUAUGUCCACGUUCAAAAUCUGCAAACAAUUUAGUUGCUGUUCCUAGACAACCACAAGCCAACAGAUCUGCACUGUUAUUGUCUGGCGAAAGUUAUAGCAGUGAAAUACAACAAGAAAUUGCUGAACGAUUCAUUCGUAAAGCCAAAGCCCAGGGUUGUACAGUAACAAUCGCAGACGGUUGUCUUUAUAUUGACUAUAAUUUUGUUGGAUAUAUGCCACAGUAUAAACCAUAG